AUGUCCUCACGCAAGGUUCGCGUCAAGAAGCUCAGCGUCAAGACUGCCCUCCCUGUGCUCAGGGAGGAUCAGAUCGAUGCUACAGAGUAUGAGACCAUCACCACAGAAUCUCAAAUCGCAACCGGUGUCGAGCACGCCGAGGAAAAGGAAUAUCAUUUGCAAUCCAUCCUCAAAGAUGCCGGCACAAGUAAUGACCAGGAAAUUCCUGUCCCGCCUCCCCAGGAGAGCGAGGUAGACUAUGAGCAGCUUUACCCAGUCCCCUUUCACAGGCCAUCCACAUAUAUUCGCUUCUCUCAGACUGUCGAAGAAUGCAUCAACUGCCAAUAUGACAUGAGUACCGAAGACAAUGAGUUCCUUAAGACAUAUAACACCAAAUCUGGGUCGGCUGGUGCCCUGUCCGAGGAUGACUUUGAGCUCAUCAUGGAGGUCUUCGAAGACACGGCUGCCGAGCAAACUCCCUUCGCUUCCGUUGAUAAUACCGUCGUGGCCUACGACAUGAUGGUGCCCGGACUCAACCACAUUGGGUCGCAGCACCUGCUGCAGCAUGCUAAAGCUAUUUAUGAGUACUGGAAGGCGAGGCGCCAAGAGGCUGGUAACAAGCCACUGCGUCCCAUGCUCAAGUUCGAGACGCAUCAAGAGACAGAUGAUACCGAUCCAUAUGUCUGCUUCAGACGUCGUGAAGCCCGACAGACCAGGAAGACGCGAGGUCGCGACAAUAAGAUUGUUGAGACACUCAAGCGCCUGCGUCGCGAGUUGGAAGAUGGCCGCCAGCUCGUACUCAUUUCGUAUGAGCGCGAAAUGAUGAAGCGUGAACUUUUGCACAUGGAACGUGCAGUCUUUGAGGAGCGUGCGAGGCUUAAACACAUUAAGCUCAGGCUCGGAAUCAAGGGCGAAGACGAGGACCUCGUCAAUCAAAAGCCACAAAAACGAAAGCCUGUCGAUACGGCGGCUGCUGCACGGGCUGCUGGCACACAUGUCCGCACCCCAGUCCGACCUGACGGUCGCCAAAUGGAAGCCGAUCUCGUCCAGCUUGCUGACCAGCUUGCUGAGAAGGAGAAGGAGCUUCGUAACGAGAUCGAGACCAAGGUUCAGAACCAUCGCAGAUGGAACAAUAACCACAUUGAUCUUACUGUAGACCCCUUGUCGCCAGUACACGAACAGGGGCUGGAGCUCAAGUUCCGCCCAGCAAAGACGCAAUAUCUAAUGACGCCGCCCGCCUCUGUAUCGUCAGACUCGAUGGAGGUGGACGAAGACGGUCCUGUACCAAUGCAGCUGGAUAAGCCGCACGCUGGCCCCGCCUUCCAGUUCAAAGCGGGCGGUGUUGCGACCGAGCCGUUGCAGACCAACCAACCUGCUUUCCGUCGCAGAAUUGGUCGCUUGAGCCGCCUGUGGAUAGACCGACGAGGCAUGGCUACGCCGCCCCGAAUGGAAUCGCAGGGAUACUCUGACCGUUGGAAGUACGACUCCGACGAUGAAGACGCCGAGCCGCCGGUAUAUGAUCUGGACCCAUUCGACACGAGGGCGUUGAAGUUUCGCGCCACGAUACCGCUUAGUUCAUACCUCUUCCGCGGUAGACCAGGUAUGCCGCCAGAAGCAGUGCCCAAUGCGGCCAACAGAACGCUGCCGGCGCCACCACCGGCGCAACAACAAGCGCAAGCUGCUUCCUAG